GCCAUUCAACUGGUAGUCGACAGCAUCCUAGAAGUUUUAUGCUUCACUGCGUCCAUGUGUUUUUAUUUAUUUUUUUCUCAACUAAAAUGGAAGUAUUUUUUGCCAUAAAUAAGAAAAUAAUGUAUUUUUUCUUAACUAUCGCGAGUGUUGGUGCUAAAAUAAUGAAAUAAGAAGAUUUGUGAAUAAAAAAUAUAGAGAUAUAUAUUAUAUAUAAAGUAUUUAUUAUAUGUAUAAUAUGUUCAUAUAAUAGUUAAAUGCGCUUAUUACGCAAGAUUCUUCUGAACUUGACAAUUAUUAUUGUCUUUGUUAUUAUUCUUUAUUGUCUACAAACAUCGAAUGGUGCUUAUUGGAGUAUUAAUAAUUUUAAAGUACAAAAUGCCACUCAGAAAACAAAUCUUCCAUCCACCUUAAUGCAAAGAAAUACAAGCAGUGAUUACGUUUUCAUUGAAAUGAACAACACAAAUCUUACGAGUUCGAUGAAAACGACAAGAAAAGAGUAUUAUAAUAUAUGGUGCAUAUUUACCAAAAUUACAAAUAAUUCACCAAUGAGAAGGAAAUUUAAAAUUUUCAUCGAAUCAUUGUUGAAAUUUACUUCUGUUGAGAUAUUUUUACAUGUUAUCAGUGACACCAACAGUAAAAGUAUCGCUGAGAAAGUGAUACAGGUGGUUCAGACCGUAUUGGGAAAAAAGAUGAAGGUGCAAUUUUAUGACGUACAUAAACUAGCGGCUGAAUUGGAGGAUAUUGUUUCUGUUAUGUCGCCGCAUUUUAGCAGUAAGCCUGGAACUUAUUAUUCGGAUGCUCUCUUCUUUCUAUCAUUGGGUUUGCACAGGAUAGCGCCACCCGAACAAAAUGUUGCAAUAAUGUUUGACGCUGAUACCAAAUUUCGAACAGACGUUAAAGAAAUAUUUAAAGAAUUCGAUAAUUUUGGAGAUGAAGCUUUAUUUGGCUUGGCUCCUGAAUUAUCACCAGUUUAUCGUCACGUUCUCUAUCUUUAUAGAAGCAAAAAUUCAAAAACCAUAUUUGGCGAUCCUGGACACUCGGGUGGUUAUCCGGGUUACAAUAGUGGAGUAAUUCUUCUUAAUCUUGAUAGAUUGAGAAAAUCAUUGGAAUACGAUCAAAUUGUCAGUAGGGAUAUGGUUGAGCAUAUUGUUGAAAAGUAUUACUUUAAGGGACAUCUAGGAGAUCAGGAUUUUUAUACGCUUUUAGGAAUGGAACGUCCCGAAUUAAUUCACACAAUUGAUUGCGGAUGGAACAGACAAUUGUGUACUUGGUGGCGAGAUCGUGGUUAUGCAGACGUUUUUGCCAAUUAUUCUCAAUGUGAUUCGAAAACAAAAUUGUGGCAUGAAAAUUGUAAUUCGCCAAUACCAGACGAUUAACAAUAAUAGAUAAAAAGAUAUAAUUUAUUAUAAAAUUUUAUAAUUGACAAUUUAUUAUAUAAAAUUUGAUAAUUAAUAUUUUAUUAUAAAAAUUUG